UGCAGCCAACCCAGUGAAGAGCGGCGAUCAGCUCGAGCAGCAGCUCGUCAUCAACCGGUUCACACGCGCUCGGCGAUGCCCAAGCGCCCGAAACGACUUGCCCGCGCGCCUUACGGGAACCUUAUGUUGAAGACGUAUACAAUGAAGAAGCUCUAAAUGUGACUAACAGAUUUAAAGUAGAGACGCCGUACUUGUUUUUUCUUUUUAAGUUGGCUAGACUAUGGUUGUUUAGCUUGUGUUCGCACAACAUGGAGUAUUGGAGGCAAUGCGCGCUCUGGCUUAUCAGUUGCAAAGUGCUCCCGGUGAACCACCGAGUGACGGCGGACACCGCUCAGGUCUUUGACCUGGCCCAGACCCUUCGGGACGGGGUCUUGCUCUGCCAACUUCUGAACAACCUGAAACCGCAAACUAUCAACCUGAAGGAAAUCAACCUAAGACCGCAAAUGUCACAGUUCAUGUGUUUGAAGAACAUCCGAACCUUCCUGACAUCGUGCUGUGAGGCAUUCGGGAUGAAGAAAUGUGACCUGUUUGAGGCUUUUGACCUCUUCGACGUGCGGGACUUUGGAAAGGUGAUGGACUCCCUCUCCAAGAUCUCUUACACAACGAUCGCACAGCAAGGUGGAUUUAAACCCUUCCCCACAGAGGUGAGCCUCAACGAAGAGGACAUCUACAACAACUUGGAGGAUCUGCUUGAUGAGAACACCCCUGAGGAUGAGGAAGAGCAGUAUGCAGCUGUCUACAGGCUAGAGGAAGACUACGAUGGCGGAGACAUCUACGAAGAUCUCAUGAGGACCGAACAGCAAGCGCCCAUGCAACAGCCCCAGCAGCCGGAGCAGGAUGUUAGGAGCUGCUGUCUGUCGGAGAUCAAACAGACAGAGGAGAAAUACACUGAGACCCUGGAGUCAAUAGAAAAGUAUUUCCUGAACCCCCUCAAGAAAUUCUUCUCAGCGGCAGAAAUCGACAAGGUUUUCCUGAAUAUCCCAGACCUGGUGAAAGUUCAUAAGAGCCUGAUGGUCGACGUGCAAGACUCCAUUCUGAAUAGGAACUCUUUAAACCUCUACCAGAUCUUUAUCACCUACAAGGAGAGAUUACUGAUCUACGGAAUCUACUGCAGUCAGGUGGAGAUUGCCAUUGCCGUGCUGGACCUCAUCUGCAAGGAGAAAGAGGACGUCCGUCUCAAGCUAGAGGAGUGUGCCAAGAGGGCUAACAAUGGCAAGUUUACCCUGCGGGAUCUGCUGGUCGUCCCCAUGCAGAGAGUCCUCAAGUACCAUCUACUGCUGCAGGAGCUGGUGAAACACACUCACGACACCGCAGACAAGAGCAACUUGAGGAUGGCCCUCGACGCCAUGAAAGACCUGGCCCAGUAUGUCAACGAGGUUAAGAGGGACAAUGAGACACUGAGAGAGAUCGACCAAUACCAGAGGUCCAUCGAAAACUUGAACCAGCCUCUCAUCAACUACGGCCGACCCAAGGGCGACGGAGAAGUACGCAUCGUCUCAAACUUUGACAAGAGGAAACAAGACAGGCACAUCUUUCUCUUCGACUUGGCCGUCAUCGUGUGCAAGCGUCGGGGAGACAACUACGAUUUGAAGGACGUGCUGUACCUCAACUUCUACAAGAUCACCAACAACCCCACCUCCGACAGAGAAGGUAAAAAGUGGUGCUACGGCUUCUACCUGACCCACAACCAGGGGCACACGGGCUUCGAGCUGUUCUUCAAGACCAUGGAGCUGAAGAAGAAGUGGUUGGACCAGUUUGAGAUGGCCGUAUCAAACAUUCGACCAGAUAAUGCUAACAGCAACAGCCACCAGUUCAAGAUGCACACAUUCGAGAGGAUCACUUCGUGCAGCUUCUGCCAUCUCCUGCUCAGGGGUAUAUUUAACCAGGGCUACCUCUGUAACAAGUGUGGCCUGGGCGCCCAUAAGGAGUGCCUCGGGCGUCUGGUCAUGUGUGGGAGACCAGAUACGGCCGCGCCAAGGCAGCAGUUUGGGAAAAUCACACCUACUUCUUACACGGUGGCCUCGCUUUGGGAGUGGAGGGAGCUUUCACAGAUGACUAGAGUUUUAACGGCACGGAGGCAAGCCAUCCCAGGAUUACCCAGGAUGCUGGUGAUCAGAGACUACUGCGGCGUCCCCCAGCCCGAGCAGGGCUCCCCGCUGUGCAUGCAGGCCGGCGACGUUGUCGAGCUGAUUUCUGCCAACCCGCACAUCUCCUGGUGGCAGGGGAAAAUCCUCGGGACGGGCCUGACUGGCUUCUUCCCAAGCAACUCGGUCCGGCCGUGUCCGUGCGUUCCAAAACCCGUCGAUUACUCAGCCCAGCCCUGGUUUGCAGGGCCAAUGGAAAGAUCCCAGGCUGAAGUGGAGCUGCUUAACUGUGAGAACAGCACCUUCCUGGUCCGACACAGGACUAAAGAGAGUGCUGAGUACGCCAUCAGCAUCAAGUUCAACGAUGAAGUCAAGCACAUUAAGAUCCUGACCAAGGAGGGCUGGUUCUACAUCGCCGAGACUCGCCUGUUCAAGUCCCUGCUGGAUCUGGUGGAGUACUACAAGGACCACUCUCUGAGGGAGGGCUUCAGGAGCCUGGACACCACCCUGCAGGUGCCCUACCGGAGGCUGACCAAUGGGGACGCGGCCAGGCCCCUCCCCCAGGCCUCCACCGUCUUCUCCCCCAGGGUGGUGAACACGGCGGUGGCCCGCUACGACUUCAGCUCCAGGGACACCCGCGAGCUGUCCCUGGCGGAGGGCGACGUGGUGAAGAUCUACUUCAAGAUGUCCAACGGUUGGUGGAGAGGGGACGUCGACGGCCGGGUGGGCUGGUUCCCUUCGACCUACGUUGAAGAGGAGGAAUGAACCCGUCGUUUUCUCCCUCGACCUCGUCUCCUCGCCCUGUUACCGUGUGUGGCCGCUGAUGGGCCCCCCCCGCCGCCCCGGGGCCACUCAGAGAGCACUCUGCCUUCCAAACGGACCGACACAGCGCUGGUGGCCCCCGAUAUCUCCGGCCAUACCUUAUGACCCGACUGGAUCUUCCUUCCAGUCCCGAGUGGGAUUCUGAGAUGGCAGUGGUGUACCCUGGUGUACCCUGGUGCAACGAAGAGGGCAUGCGCCUUACCCUGGACCCCCCCGCAACACCACCCCCGCUCACACGCCUACACCUGGAUCUCCCUGCCGCAGUCCAGGCCAUUUCCCCAGUGCCGCACCCCCCCACCUCACAUGCGCCUCAGCCCAGCCCAGUCAAGUCGCUGCAUGAAUAUUUCAGGAGCAUGGCUCGCGCCUGUCCAGCAGUGCCCUGUGAGGCUGAUUUACUCCAACACGGAGAGGAAAUGUAUAGCGCCACCCCCCACCUGAAUCUGGCUGACCUUAAACAAAGCGCGUCAAUCCGAGCUUGUAUUAUUUGUAUUAUUAUAUAUAUAUUAUAUAUUAAUAUUAAUAUUAUUACUAUGAGUGGAUGUGUGCAUAUGGACUAGCCGUUGACCCACAUGUCGGUGCAGGCAGCAGUUCUGCCCCGGCAGGCAGGGAACAGACUCCAGGAACAGUCCCUAGGCUGCUUGUCUCUCCCCUCUCUCUCCCCUGCGGGGUUAAGGAUGUAAUAGCAAUGCAGGAGCAUCACCCAUUAUUUAUUACGGUACACGGUCUCAUUGUCAUUUUCCGUGAUAUUCACAGUUGGGCUUUUGUGCUUAUCUUAUAAACUGGUCGGUUUGGGGGGUAUUUUAUACAACGAUGUGUCUGGCUUAUGAUUCAAAGUGAUGAGAUUGAACAGUGCUAACUUAUUAUCCAGCCUAGCGUGUGUUGUUUGCCCCCCCUUCCCACCUAAUUUCUAAACGAUUCAUGCUAAUGAAAAGAAGCAGGAGAAGUUUAUUUGUAUUAUAUUUUGCAUUGGUUUGUGUUAACCUCGACUAUUUCUCGUUUUGAAUGAAAUUAUCUAAUGUGGAUGCAUUAGAUGUGCAAUGCACUGCAACCGAGUACAAAGACAAUGAUCUCCUAACAGCAUGAUAUUUUACAUAAUCAUCGUAAUGACCAUCAUUAUGUAUUUUUUGUCAUUCAACUAUUGUUAGAUAGUGAAUAUAACUUAUUGGUAGACCCAUAGACCACAGCCUUCCCAAUGUUGCAUCGGACGGUGUGUGCAAACCAUGGACUGGUCGGCAGUUUUAUAAUUUACUUAAGUCAAGUUAAAAAAAGGUGAAAUUAAAUAUUCUUCCUUUUGCAAUUACA